CCCAGCCUGUGACUUUUCACCAAAUUCCACCUGAAAAGGGGCUGGGAUCCUUACUGGGGGCUGGGAUCCUUGCUGGCCGUGCCUCCUUGAGGGGAGGAGCAGGGGAGAAGCCGGGAGUAUCCUGGCCUGGAGGAGGGGAGCAGUGUGUCAGAACAGCCCCGGAUGACACCCAGGACAGCAAUAACACCUGCCAGCCUGGUGCUGCUGGACUCCCUGCCAGAUACUUCCCAAGUAGGAGCACAUUGACUCCUCAUAGGUUCUAGUACCCACCGCCAGUUGAGGCAGCAAGUUAACUUUGACAGUCAGGAGUAGAGACCUUUGGGCUCCAAGCUCAAGAUCCACCCCAAGACACACAGCCCAUUAAAUCCUUGUUGUAGAGAUUAGGGCCAACAACAAUGUUGGUUAUAAGCUGCAAUGUCGGGAAUGUUUCGAAGCAAGCAUGGUUGCUGCUGGACGUGUUGUGCUCCUGGCUUCCCUCUGGAUGCCGACAGAAACAAGGGAAUUUCUGCUGAAGUGACAAGGCAAGCCAGAGCAAAAGCAGGUUGGAUCCAGCUUGUCCCCACAAAGACGUGUUCUUCUCUCUCUCUGAGAGCGACCUGUUCACCGCAGAUACCGCUGGGCCUCGCUGAUUUGUCUUUCAGCUGGAAGGUCUGGAACAUGGAGAAUGACCCCUCAGGACGAAGACAGUCCAUCUCUCUCACACCUGUGGCCAAGGGUCUGGAGAAUAUGGGGGCUGAUUUCUUGGAAAGCAUGGAGGAAGGCCAGCUCCCUGGGAGCGACUUGAGCGCCACCGAGAUCAGGAGCAACUGGAGAGAGGCGGCGCCGAAGCGCUUCUCCAGAUGGAAGAACCUGCAGCCAGCCCUGAGAGCCAGAAGUUUCUGCAGGGAGCACAUGCAGCUGUUUCGAUGGAUCAGCACAGGCCUGCUCUGCACUGAUGAGGAAACAGGCUCAGUGAGGUUGGCGUUCGCUGCCUUCCUGCUGGUGGCCUGCCUCCUGGAUUUCCAGAGGGCCCUGGCUCUGUUUGUCCUCACUUGUGUGGUCCUCACGUUCCUGGGCCACCGCCUGCUGAAACGGCUUCUGGGGCCAAAGCUAAGGAGGUUUCUCAAGCCUCAGGACCAUCCUCGCCUGCUGCUCUGGUUUAAGAGGGGCCUAGCUCUUGCUGCUUUCCUGGGCCUGGUCCUGUGGCUGUCUCUGGACACCUCCCGGCGGCCUGAGCAACUGGUGUCCUUCGCAGGAAUCUGCGUGUUCAUUGCUCUCCUCUUUGCCUGCUCAAAGCAUCAUUGCGCAGUGUCCUGGCGGGCCGUGUCUUGGGGACUUGGACUGCAGUUUGUACUUGGACUCCUCGUCAUCAGAACAGAACCAGGAUUUAUUGCGUUCCAGUGGCUGGGCGAGCAGAUCCGGAUCUUCCUGAGCUACACGGAGGCUGGCUCCAGCUUCGUGUUUGGGGAGGCGCUGGUCAAGGAUGUCUUUGCCUUUCAGGUUCUGCCCAUCAUUGUCUUCUUCAGCUGUGUCAUAUCGGUUCUCUACCACGUGGGCCUCAUGCAGUGGGUGAUCCUGAAGAUUGCCUGGCUGAUGCAAGUCACCAUGGAUACCACAGCCACUGAGACCCUGAGCGUGGCUGGAAACAUCUUUGUGAGCCAGACCGAGGCUCCAUUACUGAUCCGGCCCUACUUGGCAGACAUGACACUCUCUGAAGUCCAUGUUGUCAUGACCGGAGGUUACGCCACCAUUGCUGGCAGCCUGCUGGGCGCCUACAUCUCCUUUGGGAUCGAUGCCACCUCGUUGAUUGCAGCCUCCGUGAUGGCUGCCCCUUGUGCUUUGGCCCUCUCCAAGCUGGUCUACCCGGAGGUGGAGGAGUCGAAGUUUAGGAGGGAGGAAGGAAUGAAACUGACCUAUGGAGAUGCUCAGAACCUCAUAGAAGCAGCCAGCACUGGGGCCGCCAUCUCCGUGAAGGUGGUCGCCAACAUCGCUGCCAACCUGAUUGCGUUCCUGGCUGUGCUGGACUUCAUCAAUGCUGCCCUCUCCUGGCUGGGAGACAUGGUGGACGUCCAAGGGCUCAGCUUCCAGGUCAUCUGUUCCUACAUCCUGCGGCCUGUAGCCUUCUUGAUGGGUGUGGUGUGGGAGGACUGCCCAGUGGUAGCUGAGCUGCUCGGAAUCAAGCUGUUUCUGAAUGAGUUUGUGGCCUAUCAAGAACUCUCCAAGUACAAGCAACGCCGCCUGGCAGGGGUCGAGGAGUGGGUCGGCGACAGGAAGCAGUGGAUAUCCGUCAGAGCUGAAGUCCUCACGACGUUUGCCCUCUGUGGAUUUGCCAAUUUCAGCUCCAUUGGGAUCAUGCUGGGAGGCUUGACCUCCAUGGUCCCCCAACGGAAGAGCGACUUCUCCCAGAUAGUGCUCCGGGCACUCUUCACGGGAGCCUGUGUGUCCCUGGUGAAUGCCUGUAUGGCAGGGAUCCUCUAUGUGCCCAGGGGGGCUGAAGUCGACUGCAUGUCCCUCCUGAACAUGACCCUCAGCAGCAGUAGCUUUGAAAUAUACCAGUGCUGUCGUGAGGCCUUCCAGAGCAUCAACCCAGAGUUCAGCCCAGAGGCCCUGGACAACUGCUGUCGGUUUUACAACCACACGAUCUGUGCAUAGUAAGGACAGAAUAUGUUUGUGCUUCUGUGCUUCUGAGGGCUGUUCUCCCCCAGGAAGCAUCUGUCCCCACCUUCCCUUUCCCAGGGCCCUCUUCAGGGAAGCCACAGGACUUAGACCCAGCUCAAUCCCACAAUUGGGAAGGGGUCAUGGAGUGAGUGUGCAGAGAGUGAGUGGGAACAUAAAGAAGGACAUGUCCCACUCCAUCCCCCUUUCUGCUCCCCCAUUUCCUACCUCCCCCAGUGUGAAUUCUCAGGGUCACUUCUGCCUCCUCCCAUUUCCUCUCCACAUCCAAAUAUCACCCUGGUCCUCUCUAUCCCCCCUCUCCUGGGGUCCCUCACAUGCCCCUUCCCUUCUGUUGUGGGCCGCACACCAAAACCUCCUCCCCUCCCCACUUCCUGGGCACUAGGAUCUCUCUGUGGCUUCCCCUGCCAGGUGGUGUCGCCCCUUUCUCUGCUUUCAGAGACUCCCUUCCCACCUUUCCUCAGAGCGCUUCCCAAACUGAGGUCCCAUGGCACACUGUCCUGGGAGGCGUUCAGAGGGUUCCAUAAUGGACUAGGUUUGGAACCACUGGGUUAAAUAAACUUAGAGAGGGCUGUUUAGA